AUGGCACUCCGCAUCUUUCUCCUCCUGCUCCCGCUGUGCGCGGCGCAGCAAGCAGGAACGCUGAAGGAAGAAGGCAACCCGACGAUGGCAGUGAAGGAGUGUACCAAAGCCGGCGGCUGCACUACCAAGGAGCACAAGCUUGUCUUGGAUGCCAACUGGCGCUGGAUCCACACGACAGACGGGUACAAGAAUUGCUACACCGGCAACGAGUGGGACACCGGCAUCUGCACUGAUCCGGAUACCUGCGCCCAGGGAUGCGCUCUUGAAGCGGUAGACGCCGGCCAGUACCAGAGCAUCUACGGCAUCAGCGCCGUGCCUGGCGGGGUUCGCCUGAACUUCGUCACGGGCUCCAACGUGGGGUCACGGCUGUUCCUCCUUGAAGACGACGACAGCUACAAGCUGUUCAAGCUCAAAAAUCGCGAGUUUUCCGUCGAUGUGGACUCCUCGACGGUGGAAUGCGGCAUGAAUGGCGCGAUGUACUUCAUAGAGAUGGCAGCCGACGGCGGCAAGGGCCUUGGCUACAACGACGCCGGCGCCAAGUACGGCACCGGAUACUGUGACGCGCAGUGCCCCCACGAUGUCAAGUUCAUCGACGGCAAGGCCAACUCCAAGGAUUGGAAGCAAGAGAUUCUUGAUGCAUUCGAUGGCUAUCAUGUUGUGGGUUUGUGUGGCACCAAGUAUCGGAAGCACAGCAGUGACCCAUCAUGUCGGGUGUCUACAGUGGGAUCUUUCCGUUUGUACGAGUGGGGCAAUCCUGGCAAAUCGGAACAUGCAGCGGGGCUGGCCAUAUGUAUUCGGAGACAAGUUUUCGCUGAACACAACAUCCGCCAAAUUUAUGACAUACCCAGCGUGUUUCAAGGCAGGCUUGGAGUUCUCAGAGUCAAACGCAAAGACGUGGAUUUUUGCUUCAUUGCUGCAUACCCAUGGGUGCAGGGCAGGACUGCUUCAGAGCGCAGUCGCAUCGAUAGAUUCUGGCAGUAUGUUGGGUCGGUUAUUUCAAGUCUACCCCACCGAUGCGUGCCAGUGGUUCUCACAGAUGCCAACGCCCGCAACGGGCUGCAUCGAGAUGAGAGCGGGGCAAUCGUUCCCAUCGAGUCCCCUGCAAUUGGCGCAUGCACACGUGAGUUUGAAAACAGCAGCGGCGCAUCAUUCCGGCGAAUGUUGGAGGAACAGUUUUUGUGCUCUAUUAAUUCUUUUCGUGCACCAGGACAUACUUAUUUUGGAAACGUUGCGGGUGUCAAGUCGCGCAUCGACCAUAUCGUUCUGCCACAAAGUUUGCAAAGCCAAGUGGUGUCUUCAGGGGUGCUAUACUCAGUGGGCUCUCGGUUGCAGCGCGUCUAUGGACCUGGCAAGAGGGACCACAUGCCAGUUAAUGUGGUUUUUCGGCAUGCAUCUUCUUUCACGGGACAGGCAGGGCACCGAGGUCGCAAAUUUCACUGGGACCAAUCGGCCUUGGUUAAUGGCGUGUUACGAGGUGACAUGCGUCGCCAGUUGGUGGAUGCAGUUACGCGCAAUUGUGCUGAACUGGACUUCGCCAAGUACACACGUCCUGACUGUAAUCAGUUGCCCCCUGCGCCAGAUGUAUAUUGGAAAGCCUUUUCAACUGCAAUUCACUCGCCGGCGUAUGAUUUGUAUCAGCGCAAAAAGCCUUCACAACAACGCAGGCCUGCUGACACACAGAAGGCCUUGCAGACUCAUGCUGAAGCUCGUGAAGUUAUUGCUGCGCUUCCUAAAAGUCUGGUUCCUGUGCAGGACCGCCAGCACACGCAUCAAUUCCUUGCUGAACUUCUGUUUCAAUGGCGAGCAGCCAGCAAGUUCUAUAGCACGAGGGCUGCAGCAGACAGGUUGCUCAAACGAGACGCUCGCAAAGUCGUGGCAGAUCGCAUUGUGGAGUUCAAUCACGCUCAUCAUGCUCGAGACGAUGCUCAUGUUUGGAGAAUGGGUCGCGUUUUGUCUGGCUUCCGCGUGGGUCCAAAACGUCGUCGAUAUGAUCGACCACUUGGGUCCUGUCCUGAAGCACGAGAAUGGGUUCGUUUCAUGGCUCAGCCAGGCAACAAGGGAGGAUGUUCUGGGCAUGAAGUUGAUUGGGAAGUUGCUUUCCAUGAAGCACUCACCUGUAAGAGGGAGCCUGUGCGAUCGCUUGCAGCUGCCCGAUCAAUGGCGACAGAAGAUUUUCGGAAUGUGCUGUCUCUGCUUCGUGUUCACAGGCUGCGCAAAGUUGUUCCCGACUGGGCUGUACCAGGGGAGAUCUGGCGACAGCUUGCCAGUCCCGACGAGUACUACGUCAAACGACGCUUGGGGAUCGGCUAUGAUUCGCGUCUUAAUGUGCAUCUCUUUCGUCAAUGUUUAUAUGGUUUGUUUGUCUCAAUUCGUUUGUAUGAUACUUUGCCUCUUCACUGGAACCUCAGCCAAACGUUUCAAAUCGAUAAACAAAACAGUCAGCCUGGAUGCGCGGGACUUCGUAGCAUCAACACCUUUGAACCACUGGGAAAAAUACACAUUCGAUCUUUGUGGGAUAGGGGCAUCCGGCGAUGUGAGAGACACUGGGCAGCGGGGUACGUCAAGCACAAGUCCAGAGUUACUCCAAUCAUGCAGCGUAGAAUUGUCAAAGCUCGCUUGCGCAGGGCAGGUCAAAGUCACUGUGAUUCUUUCUACGAUGCCAAGAAUGCUUUCCCAAGUGUGGCUCGUCCUAUAUGCGAUGCUGCGAUCCAGGAGACGUGCAAACCUGAGGACAUCAACCUUCUCAAGCAACGCAACAAUCAAGCCAUUAUGCGGUUCUUGGCUUCUGACAGGGUUGUCUUCAUUGCCACUGGGUCGGGAUCAUUGCAAGGGGAUUCUCAUGCUGGCGAGCAGUUUCUGGAACAGUAUCAUCCUGCUUUGGACGAAUGGGUGCAGCGGCUCAGCAAUGUGGAAGGGUCAGACUUGGUCGUCUGGGAUCAAAUUGGCAACAUGUUUGUGGAUGCGUCUAUUUCUUCAUACGCAGAUGAUUUGGCUCGCACAGUGUUGUGUUCCACUCCACAUGAUUUGGCAGCGCGUUUGCAUCGUGCGAAUCAAGAAUUGUGUGAUGUUCUUGAGCCACUCGGUGUUGCGCAGAACUUGGAUAAGCAGGAACAUGUCCCGUGUUUCGUCCGCUCACAUGCUCUAUCGCAUACCAGGUUGGUGUUUCAUCAAGCAGUGUUGCCAGGUCGCACAAAACAGGCAGCUAAAUAUUUGGGGAGCCUUCAUCAUGCCACUUGCAACGACAAUGCUGAAAUUGAUCAGCGCUUGCGAAAAGCAGACAUCGGUUGGUUUUCCAUGGGCAAGUUCUGGUUCCGCAAUGGGCUGCUUCGUGCUUCACUGGUUUUGGUUUUCAAAGGCUUGGUCUACAGUACACUGUUGUCAGGCCUGGAAGCUCUUUGCCUGUCAAAAUCACAGUUGGAGAGAUUGGACACCUAUGUUCUCAGACGGGGUAGGCAACUCAUGCAUGGUACUGCGUGCCAGAAGUUCGCGAGCGAUGGCCAAAUUACGUACAAGGCGCUUCCUGCGUUGUCAGUGUGGCGCUUCCUGCAAAUGGUUCCUGCACACAUUGAGUUGCGGCUGCGUAGACUGCGAUUUUGGCAAAAUGUGGCCCUUCAUUCUGAACUUCACGCAGUUCUUUUGGGUUGUCUUUUUUCCCAGUUUGAUUUCGAAACGUCGGCUUCGGUUGAUGCAGAAGGCAAGCCCACCGCAUAUGCAAAUCCCUGGUUGCGACAGUUGGCAGAUGAUGUGCAGAGUCUUGCGUGUCUGGACUCAGGCUCUCUUUUGGUUACAGAGUUGCGUGGUCGCCUCACUUUGUUGUUCACUGAAUAUCGAGAAGAUUUCGUUCGCGUCGACGUUACUGAAUUUAGAGCACAGUUUCUGGGUCAUGCUGUCCCACCUCCGGGAUGGGUGGCGCCUCCACAGGAUGUCGAAGACGCGUUGCUUCUUCCUGCGCAAGAACGGUCAUUCACGUGUCUUCGCAAAUGUGCGGAUGGUACACCAGCCAUCAUAUUAAACGUGCCUUCGAGAAAGGGCGUUGCGCAGGUCGAGGGUCUUGUGUCAAUCCAGCACUGGAAGAACCUCGUUCUUUGGCAUGCCCAGCUUGUGACGUGCACUGUGAUUUUCUGGACAACUUGCUGCAACACAUGUGUGGUCAUGAUUCGCCUGCAGCCUUUUUUGCCAGACAAAGGCAACAACCUCAAGUCCCAGCCGACUAAGCUUGUAAGCAUCAUGUCUGCGCCAGCCUGGCUGAUUGGAUCCGGCGGUCAGGGCGAAGCCCCCCCCGCCAGGCGACAGAGGGUGGACCCACCAGCUGGGGCACUGGCGGCAGACAAUCAGCGCAAGCUAACAAUUUUGUUGGCCAAGUCAGUCUUGAAGCACGCGGCAGACAUUCGUGAACUGCAAAGCGCGGUACUGACUACGCUUUUGAUCCCGAAGGACACGGCCGUAGUGAGUGCAAUGUCUACAGCAACGCAAGGUCACAACACGCAGGCAGCUGAGCUGCGCAAGGCAGGCAAACAGCGUGAGUGUGAGGCUUUGGGAGAGCCGCAUGUGCACGCGUGGAUGGCAAUGGUGAUGCAGCUCAUGGAGUCUCAUCACGUGAGCUCUGAGGACAAGCAAAAGCUUGAAGCCCACAUUGCUUCUGCUACCAGUGCCAAGGCGCUGGAGCCUCUCGUGCUGGUUGCCAAGUGUCGCAAGUGCUUCGAUCCAAAGCGCAUGCGGUUGACUUUGUGCGUGCAGCACCAACUUCAUGAUGUACACGAAGUCGUUAUCAAGGGACUGCAAGGCGUGGGAGCGCAGCUCAAGCGUGGGGUAGCGCCAAGGUCUGGCAGUGAGCGGGAAAUCCAAGCCAUACUUGAUGCUCUACUUGAGUAG